AUGGCGCCUACCUCCACUGCGCUGACCGUCAAGGUCGAGAGCGGAUCGCCGUAUCAACUCAGUCAAGACCAGGUACUGAAAGCUUCCGGUGCGCUCCUAAAGCACAUGAAGACCUCGGAGAAAGAAUCGGAAAACUCGAACGAGAAGAAGAAUCUCCUCGCAGACGCCGACGACGACGAGGAAAGCUCUGCCACCCCGAUCUGGCUCAUCCUCUCAACCAAGAAGCACAUUGCCGACAAGAAGCGCCUAAAGCCAAGCAAGAUCGCAAUUCCUCAUUCUAUCAAUUCCUCCGAAAGCUCAACCAUCUGUCUCAUCACCGCCGACCCUCAGCGCACAUACAAAGACAUCGUCGCCUCGCCUGGAUUCCCUAAAGAACUCGCCUCGAGAAUCACCAAGGUCGUGGGCAUCGACAAGAUCAAGCGCAAGUACACGCAAUAUGAAGCUCAGAGGAAGCUAAAAUCAGAGCACGAUCUUUUCCUCGCGGACGAUCGGAUCAUUGUCGGAUUGCCAAAACUGCUAGGGAAGACAAUGUACAAGGGCACCAGUAAACGACCCAUCCCUGUGACGCUUUCUGCUCCUGCGCCCAGGACAGAGGGCAAGCGUAUCAAGCGAGCGAAGGGGGAAGAGCCGGGUGCCGCGCAGCCUUUAGCUAUUGCGAAGGAGAUCGAGAAGGCGCUAGAAGGCACUUCCGUCUAUCUAUCACCCACCGCAACAACGUCUAUUAAAAUCGGAUAUUCUAACUGGGAUGCGCAAAAGCUCGCGGCAAAUGUGGAGGCUGCUGCCAAUGCCCUGAUCGAGAAGCACGUCCCCCAGAAAUGGAGAGGUGUGAAGGGAUUACACAUCAAGGGCGAGGCAACGGCAGCGCUACCUAUAUGGUUGGCAGAUGAACUGUGGGUUGACGAGAAGGACGUCCUGACAGAGGAGCAGGCGAAGGAGGUUGCGCAGGCGAAUGUGGGGAAGAAGCGGAAGGCCAUUGAGGCCGUGACCGAGGAAAAGAAGCAGGAGACGCUUCCAGCAAAGAAACAAAAGCUGCUAGAGAGCAAUGAUGAUGCUUUGGAUAGGGAGAUUGCGCUGAGAAAGGAGAAGUUAAACAAGCAGAAGGAGGAGGCUGCUCAAGAUGUGCUUGAUGAGGUUCCGCAACCUUCGAAGAAGUCAAAGAAGGCCAAGGGGAAGGGCAUUGCUAAGUGA